AUGUCGUCAAGAGUUCCAUCUGGAUCCGGGUCGACUAUACCGUUCACGCCGAAACCGAGGAAACGAACGAGCUCGAGUAGGUUUAGUUUGAAUGAUAGGGAGUUGAAUCAGUUCGUGGGUACGCUAGCUUCUGUUCGACGAGUAAAGCCAAAUGCGAUUCUAGAAGAGCUGGAACAGAGUGGGGAAGGAAGUGGUUUGUCAGCUCGAGCAGACGGACCGUCAUCUCGAGAAAGACCAUCAUCAUCAGCUGCUCAAAAACCUUCCUCAACUCGAACAUCAGACCGCAUACCCUCUUCUUCCUCGUCAGCUCAACCCCCUCGACCAUCCUCAUCAUCACCGUCAAAACAUCGUGACGUAUCUCGACCAUCAUCCUCACGGACAGUACAUGCGCCUUUACCAACUUCAAGUAGACCGACGCCAGAAUCAGAUAGUAGGAAAAGGAAUGGUAAAUUACCAGAGAGAGUAGCUGAAUUAUCACUUGCGGAUGGCCCGAACGGCGUAGAGGAAGAAAGAAAGCUGGAAGAUGUGCCGAUAGAGAUUCAGGAGGCUUGGAUAUGUGAAGACUUGCUUUUCGUACUCCAGGGAGUGGAAGGAUCAUUGAUACGGUACGAUGAGGAUUAUGACCCACUAGAUGAAGAACAGGCUUCGAAAGGUGCAAGAUGGAAAGUCGAUCCUUCACUCGAUCCAUCAUUGCUAUCACUGGUUGAAAGGCUGCUACCGCUAGCAACGUAUUUCACAGCAGUAGAAGCCUCCAUGGAAUCUCGUAAUUCACCGGAAUAUGGAAUGGUUACUCAUGCGCUGAGUAGUGGGAUAAGAGCGAUGUUGAAGGAAUAUCGUGUCCUCACCGCUCAACUAGAAUCACUGUUAUUAUCUUCACCUACAUUCACCUUGCAAACCCUCUAUUUCCAUUUGCAUCCCACCUUACAUACCAUGUCACUCCUUGCCGGUCUGUGUUCAUCUUUAGAGAGUGAGGAAUCAGGACAAGACAUAUCGGACGCAUCGGAUGACGACGAUGGACUGGGUGGUAUGGCCGAGGAACUCGGUCUGGGAGGAGCGGGCUUGAAGGGGUUGAUGCAGAAUUUGAAAGCUCAAGAAGGGUUGGUAGGAGGUGGUGGACCUGUCCUAGGUGGAGAGGUUUUAGGGAUCAUCUGCGAGAGAGAAGCUACAAUGAGCGGAGAUCCCACAGCAUCGACCUUACAUUCGACUUUACUCCUUCAUGCUUCACAACCUUAUUGCAAGAUGCUAGUACGCUGGAUAUCAACAGGUUAUCUCUCGGAUCCAUUCGAUGAAUUCAUGGUGAAAGAAAGUGGACAUAUAACGAAGGGUGUACUGGAAAGUGAUUAUACAGAUGAAUAUUGGGAAAGGAGAUACACACUGCGGGAUGGCUCCUCUCUGACUUCUACCAAAGUCGCUUCCGGCAAAGGGACGCCAUCACUAGGAGCUGGUGUACCACCGCCAAGAACAGGAACAACUCGUCUGCCCGGCGGAGCAUGUAUACCUGGAUUCUUACAGCCUUGGAAACACAAGAUACUGCUUGCUGGAAAAUACCUCAACGUAAUAAGGGAAUGUGGGAUAGAGGUGAAGAAACCUAAUGAAGUAGGAGAGGAAGAAGGGGACGGAAUGGUGGUGAUCAAUGAGUCCAAAUUCUACAAGAGGAUAGAGGAUGCAUACAUAUAUGCGAACAAGACGCUUCUCAAGUUGAUGGUGGAAGAACAGGAAUUGAUACCUCACUUGCGUUCGAUGAAACACUUCUUCUUCCUUGAUCAGUCAGACUUCCUCACCAACUUCCUCGAUUUGGCUGGGUCUGAAUUGCGUAAACCUGCCAAAGUCACUUCUCUGGUGAAACUUCAAUCAUUGCUUGAUCUAGCUGUGCGAAAUCCAGCAAGUUCCAGCUCGAACGACCCAUACAAGGACGAUCUCAAAGUAGUGAUGCAAUCUCAAGGAUUGUACGAGUGGUUACUCAAGAUCGUCAGUAAGACCGGUGGUCUAACCGAGGAUGGUGAACUGGAUUUCGCCGUGGGAGAUGGUCAUGAUGAUGAAGGUGGCAGGAGGUCUGAGAAGGAGAGGACGUUACUCGCCAUCGAUGCAUUAGCAUUCGACUACUCUGUCAAGUUUCCCUUAUCCUUGGUCAUCUCACGAAAGACCAUCACGCGAUAUCAAUUGAUCUUCCGUUUCCUUCUCCACCUACACCACUUAGAAUCAGCCUUAUCAAACAUGUGGUUAGAGCAGAAGACGCCCUCAUGGAGAAAUCAUUGUGGUGAUGAGGAUAUGGAAAAAUGGAAAUCACGAAUAUUCUCUUUAAGAUCAAGGAUGUUAAGCUUUGUCAGACAGGUUUUAGCGUUCGCUACGGGAGAAGUGCUAGAGCCGAAUUGGAGAGCUUUGGAAGCGAAAUUAACAAAAGUGCAAACUGUUGAUCAGCUCUUGAAGGAUCAUGUGGAUUUUUUAGAUACGUGUUUGAAGCAGUGUAUGUUGACUACCUCAAAGUUGUUAAGUAUCUACGCGAAGUUGAUGACGACGAUAUCGGUUUUCGUAUCAUAUCAAUCGUCUUUGAAUACAGCUUUGAACAAAUUUCUGGCGGAUCCUAUAAGUGAAUCUGAACCUACGAAAGCCAAUUCGAGAUGGACCGCGUUGAAUAAAUUUGAGAUCAAUUUCAAUCAUCAUACCAAGCUCCACCUAGACGCCGUCACAUAUAAUGCUGGAUCAGAGAACGUAGCGCUAUUGGCUUUAGUAACAAGAUUACAUCAGACUACGUUGAGGAUAUGA